AUGGAGUGGCGGCCUCGGGAGCAGGGCUCGGCCAGCUCUCCGGGUGAUAGGCACACUGGCCCCAGUCCGAGGACCACCAUGCCCAAAGGCUCAGGCCGGCGGUCCGCUCGCCCCAGCGCUCGGAAGGUCCGCGCCGGGCCCGAGCCGCCCGCUCCAGCCUCCCCUCCCGGGCCGGGCACCCCCUCGCUCCCUCUCUGCGGCCCCCGGCGCCUUCCGGACCCUGGAAGGGGGGCAGGGCCCAGGGGCCCGUACCUCCCAGCCAAGCGCGGGGCCGAAGGAAGGACGCGGAGCGGACCCCCUCGGCCGGCCCGGCUCGCCCAGAGCCGGAACCCUCCCCGCCGCCUGCCGGACCCGUCCCCACGUGGCCCCUCGGAGCGGGUCGCACUACCCUGCUGCCGCGGACGGACGUUCGGCCCCGCUGACAUCCGCGAGGGCUGGUUCCGCGAGACGUGCAGCCUGUGGCCAGGCCAGGCCCUGUCGCUGCAGGUGGAGCAGCUGCUACACCACCAGCGCUCGCAGUACCAGGAUAUCCUUGUCUUCCGCAGUAAGAGCUACGGCAACGUUCUGGUGUUGGACGGCGUCAUCCAGUGCACAGAGAGGGACGAGUUCUCCUACCAGGAGAUGAUAGCCAACCUGCCCCUGUGCAGCCACCCCAACCCGCGCAAGGUGCUGAUCAUCGGGGGUGGGGAUGGGGGUGUCCUGCGGGAGGUGUUGAAGCAUUCCUCUGUGGAGUCCGUGGUCCAGUGUGAGAUUGACGAGGACGUCAUUCGGGUCUCCAAGAAGUUCCUGCCAGGCAUGGCCGUGGGCUACGCCAGCUCCAAGCUGACCCUACACGUGGGUGAUGGUUUUGAAUUCAUGAAACAGAACCAGGAUGCCUUCGAUGUCAUCAUCACUGACUCCUCAGACCCCAUGGGUAAGCGAGGGAUGGGCCUGGGUCCCCUGGCAGCCCACGUCUCUCCCGUCCUGGUCACCACCUCCUCAACCCAGUGCUGUUACUGCCACUGCCCUGCUCUCUCCACAGGUGAGUGUCAGUGGCUGCACCUGGACCUCAUCAAGGAGAUGCGGCAGUUCUGCAAGUCGCUCUUCCCGGUGGUGGCCUACGCCUACUGCAGCAUCCCCACCUACCCCAGCGGCCAGAUCGGCUUCAUGCUGUGCAGCAAAAAUCCAAGCACCAACUUCCGGAAGCCCGUGCAGCAGCUGACGCAGAAGCAGGUGGAACAGAUGCAGCUCAAAUACUACAACUCCGACGUGCACCAGGCAGCCUUCGUCCUGCCUGAGUUUGCCCGCAAGGCCCUGAAUGACGUGAGCUGAGCCCAGGUGCCGCUGUCCGUGCUGCCCAGGACCUCAGGCCAGGGAGCCUCCGGGGCGCCCGGGUGUGACAGGUCCUGGACAGGACCCCCCCGCCCCACCAGCACACCCACCAAGCAACUGUUACAGGCCCCGGAAGGCCGCCUGGCCUGCCCUGCUGGGCGGACUGUCUCUCUCUCUCUCUCAAUGUGGCGUUCGGCCUCCAAGCCUGUACGAGCUGUGUACAGCACCUCCUCCGCCUUCUGUCCCCUCACUCUCCAAACACGUGUAUUUAUAACAAAUUCUGAAU